CUAGUUACAAGAAAAGCGUCGCCAAGGAAAUGGACAGGAGCAAUGGCGCGGUCGGGCCGAGUCUCCAGCACCAGAGAUGCUCGAUUUGAAGGAGGACCACGACGGAGAUCGAGGGUCCCACUCCGUGAUGAGAUGUGCGUCCACUUGUGAUUUGUUCCGGGAUCUCCCCCUGUCUUCAGCAUGGGGAAACUGCAGAGCAAAGGCAGGCGCAGCGCAUCCUUAUACAGAAAGGUGUCAAAAACCGAAGAUCCCCACCCGGGGCCCGGCUUUGUGCAGUUUGGUCGUGCGCAUGAAGACACCGUCACAGCCAUCACUACUGUUAACUCUGACCUCUGUCUGUCAGGUGGUAGGGACAAGGCUGUUGUGGUAUAUGAUUGGCGAGCUGGCAUCGUAAAGCAAAGACUUCUAGGCCACGAUCGUGAUGUCACCAAGGUGGCGUGUGUCUAUGGCUCCUCAAGACUGUUCAGCGCAUCACGUGAUAAAAGAGCACUGAUGUGGAAUCUGCAGGAUGGCAGCCGGCCAGCCCAGGAGUUUGUGGGUCAUGACCUUGUAGUGAACGGCCUGGCAGUCAGUCCAGAUGGGUCCUCACUCUGCACCGGCUCCCGGGAUAAUUCUGUGUGUCUGUGGGACACGGAGACUGGAGGAUGUCUGAAUAAGGCCACCAUAUCCCGAAAUCUGGUGACACACCUCUGCUGGAUCCCCGAAAGCUCCUGCGUUGUCCAGACAUCCGAAGAUAAAAUAAUCCGGGUGUGGGACAGCCGAGGCCUGCAGGUGGUACAGACGCUUCCACCAAAGCAGUACAUCCAAGUCCACUGCGAUGCCAGUCAAGAUGGCCGCUACUGCUUGACCAGCAGCAAUGGCUUUGGUGGAGAAGGCUGUGAGGCCACGCUCUGGGACCUGAGACAAACCAGCAAGAAGGUGUGCGAGUACCGGGGUCACCUGCAGAGCACGGCCUGUGGUCUCUUCCUGCCAUCCUCCACCGCGGCGUCUCCUCUGGUCGCCACCUCAUCACACGACUGCUCUGUGAAGAUCUGGAAUCGGGACUCUGCAGCCUGCCUGGUCACCUUGUGCCUGGAUGGCGCCGGACCACUCUCCUCCAUAGCCACCUGUGAUACCACCAGUCUUCUGUGUGCCAGUUUCAAUACUGGAAUCCACUUGCUGAAGCUGACCAGCUGCGGGGGUCUCGAGCUCAGAGAGGCAGCCAGAUUCUGAUUGGGCCUUCUGUAGGGGAUCCUCCACAACUCCUUGCCAGUGCUCAUGUGGCACCUUUUUGGGCAAGUUUGGCUCAAACUCAGGUCUGUGAUGUUGUUAUCUGCUUUUUUUGUUAUUUAACACUGAACUUUGGCACAAAUCAACCCUCAUGUCAUUUGUCACAUAUCCUAGUCAUCAGCAGUGACCUGCUUCUUCUACUUGAGGCUUACCUUGGCUGGCACAGUGGCUCAUUCUCUUUAGGGCACCCUAUUCAGAGAAGAGGCUCAUGAGCUGGGUGGCACAUUACGUAAGGUUCUUAUGCACCUUAAUGGUGAAAGGCGAUAUUUAUAAAAUGAAGAUUCCAUUUCAUUUUGGUCCCAAAAAUAUGCUCUGGCAUCUUAACGGGCAGAUCUGGUGAAGUGUCAUGAAGCCAUUCACAGACCAUGAGGGAGAGCAAUACAAUCCAUGUGGGCAUGACAGCAGCAUCCCAUGCCCACUUAUCGUCUACAUAAGGUUGGCAUCUUGUCCCUAUAGAUGUGCAGAUUAGCCAAACGGGUGACUCCCCAAGUGAAUGAGGAGGUGGAUGUGUGCCCUGUUUUGAACUUGUGUCCUGUCCAGGGUUGCCACCUGCCUUGCACUCAGUGCCGCUAGGAUGCCCUCCUUGAUUUGAGAAUUUUAUGUUCUGCCCACAUUGAAGCUCCCCCACAGUCUAAUGUAUAGCAAUUAACCCUUAAUUAAAAAUAGCUGGGCUACUUCAUGCCCUCAUCGGACCAAAAUGAAAGCUUGAGCAGCUCAGAGCUUGGCACUGCCACCUGGCAGCAUUAUGACAUUAUGACUUUGCCCAUUGUCGGGUGAAAUUGACCUCAGGUAGACGCAGAAGUCGUCUAACCCACUUGCUGAAGGCCAGCUUGAGGACCCAUGUGGCAUAAAGACAGUGGUGCCACCUUGUGAUGCAGCUGUAAGCCUUCUCUUAACUGUCAAUGCACUUUAUACUGCUGGGUUUUAACUGGCACAACUUCUUCAUCUCAUGCCAGUUCUUUGACGCAAUAAGAUGAUCAACGUCUAUUUUUAUAUAGUGCCUUUCAUGGCAAGCAUCAACCUACGGCACUUACAGAACUCUCCAGUGUCACAAACUGCCCUUGGCACUGCAUGUGACUCUUUCUGAACUGUGUGUGCAGCGGUUUAUGUUGUACCACUCAGGGGUGUGCAAGUGCCACUCUGAUAUUAUCAACCAGAUGUGACACAGUGAAUGACAUUUUUGAAGGUUGUGUUUCAAGUGGAAGGAAAGUGUAAAUGGGAAAGAUCGCCACAUGAGCGUCUCCUGCAGUCAGAGACAGGCCACUGUAUGAAAUGCCACCAUUGUGCCAAUGGCCCCUAAUUAAGAGCUUGCUUAGAAUGAAUGGAUUCCCAGCCUCCAGAGUGGCAGCCAGGGUGGAUCAGUGUGGCACCUUAACACAGGGUCAUGUCACUUGACAGGGUCCUGUCACCAUUAAUUGAAGUUCAGGUUACCGGUUAGGAUGGUGCCAGUCUAGUAAUGUAGUAAGGGUGCCCCCCAGUGUCGUAUGUGUUGGUCUGUCGCCCCCCCGACCCCAUUCACUUAUUAAUUGUGCUUUGUAGAGAAUGCAAACUAAUCUGUAAAACACUGAAUUUAAUUUAUUGACUGAUUUCAUAAUAAAAUGACAUGUGACUGCCA